ACAAAAGACACUAAAAGUCUUAAACUAGAUGCCGUUUUGAACCAAAAAAGAAGUUAAAGAGUUCUUCUGAUAUAAAAGCCUCAUUAGACACUAGGAAAUACCACAUCCAACUGAUCAACUGUUUUUCAUUAUUACACAAAAGAAAUAUGGCUAAAGUUCCGGAGGUAACCAUAAGCUCCAAUGUUGAGAAGCAGCUUAUGCCGGUGAUUGGAAUGGGUACUUGCUCGUACCCGCCGGCGGAUCAUGCCACCGUCAAGUCGGCGGUUCUUGAAGCCAUCAAAGUCGGUUACCGCCAUUUCGACACGGCGUUCGCCUAUGGAUCGGAGAAGCCUCUCGGGGAAGCCAUUGUGGAAGCGUUACAAACAGGGCUAAUCAAGUCAAGGGACGAACUUUUUAUCACCACCAAACUUUGGUGCAGCUUCGCUCACCCUGACCAAAUUGUACCCGCCUGUAAAAUGAGCCUCCAGAAUCUGCAGCUGGAGUAUGUGGAUAUGUACCUAAUUCAUCAUCCAAUUAGGCUGACUGAAGUGAUCAGAAAGACACCAGUGGAAGUAGAGAUCAUUAGGCCAAUUGAUUUGAAGGGAGUUUGGGAAGGAAUGGAAGAAUGCAUAAAGCUUGGCCUAACAAAAGGAAUUGGUGUAAGCAAUUUCUCUUGUGAGAAGCUUCAAGAAGUCCUGUGUGUGGCAACAAUUCCCCCAGCAGUAAAUCAAGUGGAACUGAAUCCAGUUUGGCAGCAGAAGAGAUUAGUGGAGUUCUGUAAAGCAAAGGGUAUUCAUAUCACAGCAUAUUCUCCACUGGGUGCUAACAAUACUAAAUGGGGAGACAACAGAGUCCUGGAUUCUGAUGUCUUACGCGAAAUCGCCAAUGCUAGAGGCAAAUCAACAGCUCAGGUUAAACUCAUUUUUUUCCAUUUCAAAUCCUAAACUUCUUUUUUUUUUUUUUUUUUGAGUAUUCAUAAAAAAACGUACACCUUCUGUCCCAAAAAAAAUAGUCCACGUUACAGUACAAAUUUGCAAACUCUGUGAACUAUUUUUUUAAUUUUUUUUUCCGGGACGGAAGGAGUAUUAAUUGGAUUAGAUGAAUGAAUGAAUGAUGGGAAUUGGGAAAAAAUCCAUAUAUGUGCAGGUUGCACUGAGAUGGGUAUAUGAACAAGGAGUGAGUUUGGUAACGAAAAGCUUUAGCAAGGAAAGAAUGCAACAAAACCUUGAUAUCUUUGGGUGGUCUUUGUCUGAGGAAGAGUUGGAGAAGAUAAGUCAACUCCCGCAACGGAAAGGCGUCACAUUGGCUUCCAUUUUAGGGCCCCAUGAUCUUGUGCUUCAGUUGGAUGCUGAGGUUUAAUUCAUGUCUGAUAAUUUACAUUUUAUUCCAAUACAUAUAUACAACAAAAAGAAAUUGUCAUAGAUUUCAUAUCCUCUGAGAAUAAAUUGCGUGUAAUUGAUGUAUCUGCCGUUUGAACAAAGGUGGGACGAUUACUACUACCAAAAAUACGUAUUUUAACCAGGCUUAUAAAUUACGCAGGUAUUAAUUACUAUAUAUUUAUUAUUUGAGAAAACAAAAAAGAAAAGAAAAUUUACGCCUAAUUUUCUAUAAAUUGCGUGAGAUUGAAAAUUAAGAAUUACUGGAAUUCUCAUCUCAGUCGAAACUCAAAUUUCCUCCGAUCAGAAUCACGGCGGCGAAACUUCUAGUCUCUCAUCGGGAGAUUCGACCACCACAACAAAGGCCGCCGGACAGAAACGGAAACACAAAGCCCAUGCCAAGUCCGCCGCCGCAGGCGGCCGAGCCGGAUCAAAAACUCGACAACC